CAAGAUUAUGAAGGUCGCACAGAGAUGAAGAAAGACCCACUGAACACUAAAGACCUCAGUCUGACCCUGAAAGACCUCCACCUCACUGACAGGGGAGUCUACACCUGCACCGUCUACAACAAGGAUGGACACAUGCUGCUACAGAAAUCAGUGACUCUCAGUGUCAGAGACUACCAGUCAGUAGUGGUGGAGGUGACACAAGGUCAGAAGUCUGUCCUGAUGCCGUUUAAAAUUACAGGUGAGCUUCCUCAGGUGAUCAAAGUGGAGUGGAAACUCACUCACCCUGAAGAAAAGAUGGUUCACUGUAACGACAGCAGUCAGAAACAGGAUCAGGCUUAUGUAGGCCGCACUGAGAUGUGCCAGGAUGCCCUGAACACUAAAGACCUCAGUCUGACCCUGAAAGACCUCCACCUCACUGACAGUGGAGUCUACACCUGCACCGUCUACAACAAGGAUGGACACAUGCUGCUACAGAAAUCAGUGACUCUCAGUGUCAAAGACUUCCAGGUGGAGAUGAUGACUGUGACACAGGGGGAGAGGUCUGUCCUGAUACCUUUUAAAGUCACAGAUGAUCUUCCUCAGGAUGUCAAAGUGGAGUGGAAACUGACUUAUCCUGAAGAAACAAUGAUCCACUUGUAUGAGAGCAGCAAAAAACAGCAUCUCUCACAAGACACAGAGAUGGAUGAAGACCCACUGAGAACUAAAGACCUCAGUCUGACCCUGAAAGACCUCCACCUCACUGACAGUGGAGUCUACACCUGCACCGUCUACAACAAGCAUGGACACAUGCUGCUACAGAAAUCAGUGACUCUCAGUGUCAAAGAAAAACCAUCAGAGGCAGAAGACCAAAAUGGAGUCAAGUCUGAAACAGGUCAGGAAACACCUCAAACAGAUGCAGAUGUGGAACAUGGAGUCACACCUGGCACAGAAAAAAACGACAGAUACAGAUUUCCAGCAGGGAGACACGUCUGACACAGGUCAGUAAAC